AUGAACUACACCCUGGAUGAUGACCCUUCCCAAACCCACCAGGAAUAUGCCCUUCCAAAGGUGGCACGGGCCACCACUGUCACCCAGGUGCCCCCCUCCAAGACGAUAACCUUCUUCAAGAAAGGGGACCCCCGCUUUGGUGGAGUUCGGAUGGUUGUCAACCAGCGCAUGUUCAAGAGCUUCAAUGCCCUCAUGGAUGAGCUUUCUCACCACAUUCCCCUGUCGUUUGGCGUUCGUACCAUCACCACACCCCAGGGAGUACACUGCGUCAGUUCCUUGGACCAACUGGAAGAUGGCGGCUGCUAUGUUUGUUCUGAUAGGAACCCUUCCAAAGCCUUUGGUGGACCAUCCAGGGGACCAACAGGAUCUUCGGGUGGCCAUCCCACCCAAAGGAUCAGCAGCUCGGGAGGCUGGCAAGAGACCUCUCCCUGGCAGGGCCCUAAAGUACCAAAAAAGUUAACUCUGAUAAAGAAUGGAGAUAUUGGAUUUCGGCGCUCCAUGAUUCUGGGUCCAAAGAGCACCCAGAACUUGAAGACUUUCCUCGGUGAUGCAUCUGACAUUUUGCAUUUCCCUGUAAAACACCUCUAUAGUACUGAUGGGAGGAAGGUGGAAUCCCUACAGAGUCUGCUACAAGGCCCUUCUGUGGUGGUAUGUGCUGGACAAGAGCCCUUCAGACCUAUGACAGUAGAACAUUCCAGAAGACACUGGCCAGAGAAGUUGCCAAGACUGACGUCAAAGAAGAGGAAUGCUAACUGGGAACUGAAAGCCAAGAAGAGUGUCAUCCAUUCAAGAUCAGAAUCAAGCAACAGGUCAAGGCAGCUUUCUCUAACAUCAGAGAAGUCCUACCUCAAUGGCUCUAGGGCUUCUAUAAGGAGUGGCAGUCCUAGUCCUACAGCCAAUGCUCCUGAGAAGUCUACUGGUCUGAUCCCCUUUGGGGCCAAUGACGACAUUGAGAAGAAGGUUCACGUGAACAAAGAUGGCAGCCUGUCAGUAGAGAUGAAAGUACGAUUCCGAUUACUCGGUGAGGAAAUGCUUCAAUGGUCCACCCAUGUUAGGAAAACUGAUGAUAUCAGGGUAGCGAAUGGUGAUGACCUAAGACUCAGCAGAGUAGCCUUAUUGCGUCCUUCUAGGGAGAACAACAUGCAGAGGUCUUCAGAGGUGGAUACUUUCCUUUGUCCAGAUGUCCACAAUUCCCAAGGUCUAAAGGAAUCCUCUUUUCAAGGGUGUCAGAAACCACAACCUAAAUAUGAAAUUUGGAAAAAUCCUUUGCAUGUUUCUCAGGGACAUGGAACAGCUCCUGGGAGGAGUUCCUGGAUAACCCAGACUCCUUGCUCAGGGGCUUCAUUGUUCCGACAGGCCAUCCACCAAACAAAGGAUUCCAGGGACAGCCUCCGCACCACUUCUGGUGGAGAACUCUUGGAAUGCAGUGCACCAGGAUCCUCUUCUUAUUCUGGGACCUUAGAGGGCAGGGUGCAGUGUGGUGACGAAUACCAGGUCUUAGGUCAAAGGAACUUCACCCCAGUUGCUUCAAGUAAAGAUGAGAUGCAGCAAGAAUAUACUCUGACUGGGAGGACCAGUAAGUCCUGUGACAGAGGGCCUGACUCACAAAGAAAGAGCUCCCAGAAAACUCAAGGAGCCGAGUCAGGUAGAAAGUGGUCACUAGACAAGAUGGAGGGAAAUGAAACAUGCUCACUGGAUUGUCUGGAGAAUGAGUCUGAGAAUGUAGCAGAGGACAUUUCUGCCUUGUCAGUAUGCUUAAGAUGUAGGGGAAAGAGAAUGCAUGGGGCUGAGGGCUUUGGCAGCCCUGAAGGAGCUUUCUGCCCCUUUGUGAGAGAGGCUGAGGGAAAAGCCACCAUGAUCCAUUAUGCAACAUCCCUUUGCAAAGCCUGUGGUCCUAGCAGGCAAAUGAUGCCACAAGGGAACGGUGCUCAAGAGGGCUUUGUUUCCUCACUUGUUGGCCCAUCCUUCUUAAAGAAUGAAGCUGAAGAGGAUGAAUAUAGCAGUGCAAUACAGGAUACCAGUUCUGGGUCUGAAUGGAAGGUGCCCAAGGCAAUGGUCAGUGGUGAGUUCAGUGACCUUGAGUGGAAUUGCCUUCCAUACUCUUCUUGUCCCUCAGCAUGCAGUGAAAGCAAAGGAUGGGGGAGCCCUAGGAGUGAUGGAUCCCUUCAUAACAUAAACUCUUUCAGAGUUUAUGAGGGAAGCAAAAGCAGUCAGUCACAAAUGAAAGACAGUGAGGAUAGAGGGACGAAGUACGUCUUAGAGGGAUCAAUAGAGAGAUCCCUGCCAAAAAGAAUCCUAGAAAAGCCUAGGUCAGGCAGUCAAACUCCUAUUUUUUCUAGAAGUUCUUCUGGGGCUAAACAACAAGCUGCCAGGGACCCUGAGUCUCCCUUAUCUUCCCCUCAUCAUUUAGAAUGUUUAUCAUGGCUCAGUGAUGCCUCCAUUACUCGGGAUGAUAACCCAGACCAGAAGAAGUUAGAUAAUGUUUCUAAUUCCAGUCAUUCAGAUCUUAACUCUUUGGAGGAAACUAGGGGAGCCACACCGACCAGUGUUAGCUCUUUAGAGCCAAGAUCUUCAAACACAUCAUAUUCUUCAGGCUUCCAAGGUAUUGUUGAGGAUGAGAUGACCCUGGAGCACCAUCCUAAGGUUUCUUUGGAGUUAAAAAUUAAAGAACCUCAGAUAGAGGAAUCUAAUACCUGCAGAAGUAGAUGCUCCCCCCAGUCCAGCAAAACUCAACCUUAUAGGACUUACAGUGAUAAACUACAGAUCCGACCAUUUAAGGAAAAAAAUGAUAACAGGGAGCAAGGCUCUCAAGCUGGCUCAGUAGCCAGCAGAUGCCUCCUCACUGCCCCCAGAGGAAUGCCUCACAUCAAAAAAAGUAAACUUGAUAUAGUCAAGCAUACCUCAGGCAGCAGCAUGUGGAGUGCCAACUUGGGGGGAAGUGGAAGUCCAGAGGAGAAGGCCAAUCUCAACUUGGCUUGCCCAACUAUCAAAAGAGCAAGAAAGGAUGGUCCCCCUGGUCAUGGGAGGAAAAUGCCAAGGAAAAAUUUUGGAAAAGGGAAACCUCAAGAAGGAAAAGAGAAUCUUGACAUGCCAGAGGGUAACACCAAUAUGAUACCCAGUGACCUUCCCAGCACAUCUCCAGAGGAAAUUAUUUAUGAAUGGCUGAUCAAAAUCCCAGAAGAAUCCAUCCUCAUGAGCUAUGAGAUGCAGGAUGACAGCCCUGGUGCUGCUGUGGGGGCUCCAGAAGAAGACCUUAGAGUCAAGUGUUCUCCUGAAGUUCCUAGAGAAAUGACCCAGGCCCAAGAACAUGUCCUAAAUUGGGAAGACUCUGGGGGAAUAUCAGACAAAAGCCCGAGGGUUGAUGCUACUAGUCCCGAGGUAAUAGGUAGUCUUACUCAAGAAAAAUCUUUCAGUGCUUUAGCAACUGUAGCUGAGGGCAGUCCAGGUGAAUGUGCUGACUUGGAAGUGAAAUCCAACUUGAGUAAGAUGGACAACCUGCCUCGCUCACUCUUUAGCUCAGUGCAGAUCAUGAAAACACUGCUCAGUUCUAAGCCAAACCACAAGUUAGGCCGGUUCAAUAGUUUGCCAGAAGUGUCACAGACCAUGGGAAGGAAGAUGAGUCACUCUGCUCAUGUACUGAUCACCUGCCUGGCCAGCCUACACUUUUUUGAUGAAGAACCUGUGACUGUAGCAAACCAGCAGACCUACAUGAACUCACCCAAAUACCAAGAACUUCUAAGCAUCUUUCAAGCCAUGUGGACCGAAUAUAGCCCCAAUAUAGGUGAGCUAAGCUCAAAGAUACUGCCAGGUCCCAAGUCUCAGACCCCCGUGACUGGCGAUUUUACUCCAAUGUCCUCUUCUGGGGUGGAUGUCAGCAGUGGCUCUGCUGGUUCUGGAGAAGGGAGUGUGGCUGGUGUUGUGGACUGUGCUCUCUUCCCUGAGAAGAUGGAGGACUCCAAGUUGAAGAGGCGGGAUAGCAUUGCCUGCCAUAUUGAUAUGGAUCCCUUAACUGCAGAGAAAGUAGAGAACAAGGGAUCCUCAAAAGGUGAAGUGAAAAUGGAAACCCAUUCAAAUGAAGGAGAUGAAGAGGGAAGGAGCACUCAUGAUGUAACCAGCAAUGAUGAGGCCAGUGAAACCACAAAAGAACAGAUAUUAGAAAAUAGCAUGAUAAUAGUUAAUGAAGGUGAGAUAAAAGAAGUAGGGAUGGAAGAAGAGAAAAUACUAGGAAAGGAAGUACAAGAGAUGGAAACUCAAAAUGAAGAAAUGGAAGCAGGAAAGAUUCAAGAAGAAAAACAAGCAGAGGAGACAAAAGAUGAGAAAAUGUUCAUGGAAAGAAUGCAGGAAGAGGAAGGAAUACAGGAAGAGGAAGCAUCCAAAGAAUGUGACUCUACAGAUUCAUGUCCUCCAGACAACAUAGAAGAACCAACAGAACAAGUUAGUGAUCCUGGGAAAGAUGGUUCAAAUUCUGGCAAUGUUCAUGAUGGUCAAGAAUUUGAAUCUCAUUUGAAAGAGGUAACUGAAGGAGUUGCUGUGGCUGGUGAACAAUCUGUGGUCAAUACUACUUCAGGGACUGCCGGGAAGAGGGCGUCUAUUAUACAGAAAGCAACACCAGAUCCAGAUCCCCUCUGGGUUCUGAGGUUGUUGAAGAAGAUAGAGAAGGAGUUCAUGGCUCAUUAUGUCAAUGCCAUGUCUGAGUUCAAGAUCAGGUGGAACCUACAGAAUAAUGAAAUGUUGGACCAGAUGAUUAUAGAACUGAAGAAUGAAGUGAACCAGCGAAUACAAAAGAGUAUUGAAAAAGAACUUAGGAAAAUCCAAAGUAGGGCAGGCAAGAAGCUUCCAAAGCCCCCCAGGGAAGCUUUUAGGUGGGAAACUUCACUGCAGACAGAACAAAGGAGGAGACGCUUGAAAGUUAUGCACAACCACUCAGCCUUCACAGAGCAGAACAAAAUGCCAGGAAAGCGGUAUCUCUCCCUGGUCUUCGUUGAUGACAUGGCCUCAAGUGAGACCCUUGGAGAUGAUCUUCGAGAGCAAGGAGGUGAGGAAGAGUACUGCCCUUGUGACACUUGCAUAAGAAAGAAAAUGACCACUAUGUCUCUGAAGAGCCCAACAGCAGCCACAGAUGCUCCCCUCAAAAAGGCUUUUGACCUACAGCAAAUUCUUCUUAAGAAGAAGGAAGAAAAGUUAAAUGAAGGAGCAGCUGAGCCAGCUACAGAAGAGCGAGGGAGUAAAGUACUUCAGAGAGAACACAUGAGUAAUGAGACCAGUGAAACCGAACAAGGAUUGGCAUCUACUAGCUGCAUGGAUGGAGCUGAUGCAGGAGAGGAAAAUGAUAGAUCCAGCAAAGACAAAGAGUCAGAAUUACAUGAAGGGAAAGAGCAGGAAACUAAUCCUGGGGAAAUAAUGCCUGGAGGAGAAGCAGAAGCAGAUCUUUGGAGCAGGGAGGAGGGAAAUAAAGAAGAAAACACUGAAAACGAUUUGGAAGAAGAUGAAGAUGAGGAACAAUAUGGGGGAAAGAAUGCAGAUGAGAGAAGUGAGAAGAAAGAAACUGGGUCUACAUCUGAAUAUGGGACAAAUUCAGAGAGAGAAGCCACAGGGGAUGGAGAUAGAUGCUCAGAACCAUUAGAUGGUGCUGAUAAACUUUGGGCCACAGAGACAUUCAGCCCAGAGGCUGAGGUAGAGAAGCAAUCAGAGUCACAGUUGGGGGUGGGUAGCCAAGAGGACCAAGAAAACAGUUGGCAGGAAAGUCCAGGAGAAAUAGAGGUUGACGAAAGGUCUGAAGAGAAUAAUCCCGACCAAGAAGUAAGUGAUAGCAGUUUGACCACCAAGGAUCUUUCUGACACCCUCAGAAGGUCACAGAGAAACAAAGGAAUUGUCUCCUCCAACAACUCCUCUAUUGCAAAUUGCUCUCAAGCAUCCCAGAGAGGAUCAGAAGAGGGCUCAUGUGGAGACUGUGAAGAAUCAGAAAGCUCAGAGACUGAGCCUAGCAGAGACACUAAUUUGGAAAACAAGGCUUUUACUAUGUAUCCUGAAAAUUCUCCUUCUGAGCAAGAUAGAAUGUCCUCUUGCUCUAGUAUUUCAGAAAGGGAGUCUACUGGCAGCCCUGGCUUAGAACACAAAGGUAGACUGGCUAAGAACUCUACAUUUACAGGAGUUUUUGAUAAAGCAGAUGUAUUUGAUGAAGAUUGCUUGGAUUUCUAG